CAUGUGCUGUUUAGCAUUAAACCAUUUUCAACAUUUUAAUUCAUAUAACAACAUCUAACAAAAAUUAGCAAUGAAUCAAUUUGAGAAAAAAGAAGUUAUUCAAGCGGUUCUUAUUGCCGACAAUAAUGUAGAGCAGUUGCGACCAUUUUCGGAUAAAAAUUCCACCGCACUGUUACCUUUAGUCAAUGUGUGUCUUCUAGACUACGCGUUGGAUGCCCUCAAUCGCAGUGGUAUAGAAGAAGUGUUCGUCUAUUCUAGUUUGUACUUGCAAAGCGUCCGUGAGCAUAUUAAGGAAGGCAUUGCAUCACUCAGUUCGUGGUCGGUGAAUAUGACAGUACAUGUGAUUGGCGGUGAAGGCUGCCGUUGUUUCGGUGAUGCUAUGCGCGAUUUAGACGCUAAAGCGCUUAUACGUGGUAAUUUCAUACUUCUCGGCGCGGAUGCAGUAACCAAUGCAGAUUUGCGACCAAUAUUCGAUCAACACAAGAAAACUGUUAAAUAUGACAAAGGUGCAGCGGCUACUUUGAUUUUUAAAGAGGCUGCAACCUGCAACGUGCGCACUGGCAAUGAGGUUAUGAUUGCAGUCGACCGACAAAAUAAUCGUCUUCAUCAUCACCAGCGUUUGCGCUUACAUGGCAAAGAAUCGCAUUUUGAGGUCCCCCUGGAAGUAUUUCUACACAAUUCAGAGGUGUCACUGCUUCAUAACCUGAUCGAUCCACAAAUUGCUAUUGGCUCCCCAUCAAUGCUAUCCUUGUUCAGUGAUAAUUUCGACUUUGAAACUCGUGACGAUUUCGUUCGCGGCAUUCUUAUUAAUGAAGAGAUUCUCGAUAGCCGCAUCUAUGUAUCAUUGCUGCCGCGAGGGCAGUAUGCACGCAAAGUGAAUAAUUGGCUGACAUACUGCAUGGUCAGCCAAGACGUGAUGAAUCGUUGGGCGUACCCAUUGGUCCCAGAUAUGGGUAUAAAUUGUUUUGCUCAGCAAUAUGUUUACUUAAAAAACAACAUUUAUAAGAGUCGAAAGUCGACUGUCAUAAAAGCGGCGUUAAGAGAAAAUGUCGCCGUACAGGCCGGUAGUCACGUGGAAGCUGGUACUUCCGUGAGUUGCAGCGUUAUUGGGAAGAACUGUAAAAUUGGGAAGAAUUGCGUGCUGGUUAAUGCUUUUCUCAUGGAUGGUGUGCACGUUGCCGAUGGCUGUAAAUUGGAUUGUUGUGUAAUAGGGUUUGGUGCUAAAGUCGGUGCUGGAUCUGCUCUCACAGAAGGUACCGUUGUGGAUGCGAAAAGUGUCAUACCCUCUGGAAAGGUGCUCAAAAACGUCAUAAUAAAGUGUGCGUUAAGCGAGGACGACGAUUUAGUAGAAAAACUAGGUGAACAAGCGUUUAUCAUAGACGAUAAACAGGAUACACAAUCGACAUAUGCCUCCGAUUCCGAAGAUGAUGUACCACCCACCACAGCCACUGGUAUACCGAAAGUGGCUAAAUUGCCACCAAUCUGUGAUGAGAGCGACUACACAUCGAGCAGCGACGAGGAUGAGUCACGUGCAGUCACACCACUUGUCGACGACACAAAUAUCUUUUUGGCGGAAGUGAUGGACUCACUGGCACGCGGAUUCCAGGAAAAAUCAAACCCAGACUUCCUUAUUUUAGAAAUAAACUCCUCUCGUUACGCGUACAACAUGUCCCUAAAGGAGGUGAAUUUCUAUGUGGUGAAAGCUAUAUUCAGUCUUGAGGAUAUUAAGGAGCCCGCGAAUCAAAACGUUCUUGUAGCCAUAAACAACGUAUUAAAACAAUUGGGACCUGUUAUGUCAAACUAUAUAAAGACUGAAGAUGCUAUGUUGGAUUGUCUGCGUGCAUUGGAAGACAUCUGUGAAGAAAAUGAAUAUGUACGCGCCAAAAUCUCGAAAGUAGUACAUUACUUGUAUGACAAAGAUUUCGUGAGUGAAGAUGCUAUAAUAUCUUGGUACGCACAACUCGAUGCGGACGAACACCGUACUUUGCGUCAGAGCCUGAAGGAACUUAUCGAAUGGCUCAACCAAUCCAGUGAAGAGGAGGAAGACGAUGACGACGAAAGUGAUUAAAACACAUCUGAACUGCUACGAAAUCUAAUUAAGUUUAUUUUUAGUAUAAAUACAUAGAAUUCAAUAGACAAGAAAAAAAGGCCGACAAAACAAAAAACAAAAAUUGAUUUUUAAAAGCAAAAAGUAAAGAUUGUCUAAUAGUAAUUGUUAGAAUAUUACUGUUAAAUUAAAUUAA